UUGCUUAUGAUCAUUGUUUCUGGUCCAUGGAUGAAUCUGUCCGAGAAAAAUAUGCAGGCCAAGAUGAUGUCUUCAAGUGCCUUGGGGAAAACAUCCUCCAGAAUGCUUUUGAUGGUUACAAUGCCUGUAUCUUUGCCUAUGGACAGACAGGGUCCGGAAAAUCUUAUACCAUGAUGGGCACCACUGACCAGCCUGGAUUAAUCCCAAGACUCUGCAGUGGACUCUUUGAAAGAACCCAGAAGGAAGAAAACGAAGAGCAGAGUUUUAAAGUAGAAGUGUCCUACAUGGAAAUUUACAAUGAAAAAGUUCGAGAUCUUCUUGAUCCCAAAGGAAGCCGUCAAACACUGAAAGUCAGAGAGCACAGUGUGUUGGGACCCUAUGUGGAUGGACUUUCUAAACUGGCUGUUACAAGCUACAAGGAUAUCGAGUCUCUGAUGUCUGAGGGGAACAAGUCACGUACGGUUGCUGCCACCAACAUGAAUGAGGAGAGUAGCCGAUCCCACGCUGUCUUCAAGAUCACCCUCACACACACUCUCUAUGAUGUCAAGUCCGGGACCUCUGGGGAGAAAGUGGGCAAACUGAGCCUGGUUGAUUUGGCUGGCAGUGAGCGAGCAACAAAAACUGGAGCUGCGGGCGACAGGCUGAAGGAGGGCAGUAACAUUAACAAGUCCCUCACAACCCUUGGUCUGGUUAUCUCAGCCCUAGCCGACCAGAGUGCUGGCAAAAACAAAAAUAAAUUUGUUCCAUAUCGUGACUCAGUUCUCACGUGGCUCCUCAAAGACAGUCUGGGGGGCAAUAGCAAGACAGCCAUGGUGGCUACUGUGAGUCCGGCAGCCGAUAACUAUGAUGAAACCCUGUCAACUCUGCGGUAUGCAGACCGAGCGAAGCACAUUGUGAACCAUGCUGUGGUGAAUGAGGACCCCAAUGCCCGGAUUAUCCGGGACCUCCGGGAAGAGGUGGAGAAGCUUCGGGAGCAGCUGACCAAAGCCGAGGCAAUGAAAUCUCCGGAGCUAAAAGACCGGCUAGAAGAAUCUGAGAAGCUAAUUCAGGAAAUGACUGUGACUUGGGAGGAGAAACUAAGGAAAACGGAGGAGAUUGCACAGGAACGACAGAAGCAGCUGGAGAGCCUGGGAAUCUCACUCCAGACUUCAGGAAUCAAAGUCGGGGAUGACAAAUGCUUCCUUGUUAAUCUGAAUGCUGACCCUGCUCUGAAUGAACUUCUAGUCUACUAUUUAAAGGAACAUACUUUGAUAGGGUCAGCAAAUUCCCAAGAUAUCCAGCUGUGUGGAAUGGGAAUUCUUCCUGAACACUGUAUUAUAGACAUCACGACAGAAGGUCAGGUUAUGCUGACUCCUCAGAAGAACACCAGAACGUUUGUAAAUGGGUCUUCUGUCUCCAGUCCAGUCCAGCUGCACCACGGGGACAGGAUAUUAUGGGGAAACAACCACUUCUUCAGACUCAAUUUGCCUAAGAAGAAAAAGAAAGAACGAGAAGGUGAGGCGCAAGAGGCCUCCCUGAAGAAUGAUAACAGCUCUGAGCAACUGGAUGCAGACGGGGACUCCUCCAGCGAGGUGUCCAGUGAGAUCAACUUCAACUUCGAGUAUGCGCAGAUGGAGGUGACCAUGAAGGCCCUGGGAAAUAACGAUCCCAUGCAGUCAGUAUUGAACAGCCUCGAGCAACAGCAUGAAGAGGAGAAGCGGUCUGCACUGGAGCGCCAGCGGCUUAUGUACGAGCACGAGCUGGAGCAGCUCCGGAGAAGGCUGUCCCCUGAGAAGCAGAACUGCCGCAUGGACAGGCUCUCCUUCCACUCACCCAGUGCCCAGCAGCGUUUGAGACAGUGGGCCGAGGAGAGAGAAGCAACACUGAGUAACAGCUUGCUGAGGCUGAGGGAGCAAAUUGUGAAGGCCAAUCUGUUGGUGAGAGAAGCGAGUUACAUUGCCGAGGAGCUGGAUAAAAGAACGGAAUAUAAAGUUACCCUCCAGAUCCCAGCCUGUAGCCUGGAUGCCAACAGGAAGCGAGGCUCUCUUCUCAGUGAACCUGCGAUCCAGGUGAGAAGAAAAGGAAAAGGAAAACAAAUCUGGUCUUUGGAAAAACUGGAAAACCGGCUCCUGGACAUGAGAGACCUUUAUCAGGACUGGAAGGAAUGCGAAGAGGACUCCCACGUAAUCCGGUCCUACUUGAAACGUGCUGACCCGUUCUAUGAUGAGCAGGAGAACCACAGUCUCAUCGGGGUGGCCAAUGUCUUCCUAGAAUCCCUUUUCUAUGAUGUGAAGCUACAGUAUGCUGUUCCCAUCAUCAACCAGAAGGGAGAGGUGGCAGGCCGGCUGCACGUGGAGGUGAUGCGGCUCAGCGGAGCCAUUGCCGAGAGGAUUGCAGGAGGGGAUGAUGCUACAGAGUUUGGCUUCGAGAAGGAGGCCCAGGAGAACAGGCUGGUCUGCAUGGUGAAAAUCCUCCAAGCCACAGGGUUGCCGCAGCAUCUAUCCCACUUUGUGUUUUGCAAAUACGACUUCUGGGAUCAGCAGGAGCCGGUGAUAGUUGCCCCCGAAGUGGAUACCUCUUCCUCUCCCGCCAGCAAGGAGCCUCAGUGCAUGGUUGUUUUUGACCAUUGCAGUGAGUUUUCUGUGAACAUCACUGAAGACUUCAUUGAGCAUCUUUCUGAAGGAGCGUUGGCAAUUGAAGUAUAUGGGCAUAAGAUGACUGAUCCCCGGAAAAACCCAGCUCUGUGGGAUUUAGGAAUCAUUCAAGCAAAAACACGGAGUCUCCGGGACAGGUGGAGUGAAGUCACCAGGAAGCUGGAAUUCUGGGUUCAGAUUUUGGAGCAGAAUGAGAAUGGCGAAUACUGUCCUGUAGAAGUGACUCUUGCAAAGGAUGUCCCAACAGGAGGGGUUUUUCAGCUCCGGCAGGGGCAGUCCCGGCGCGUUCAAGUUGAAGUGAAGUCUGUGCAGGAGUCUGGGACGUUGCCGCUGAUGGAAGAGUGCAUAUUGUCGGUUGGGAUCGGGUGUGUGCAAGUGAGGCCACUCCAGCCCCCGAGGAUUCAUGGCACUUUCCACGAAGAAGAAGAAGAUAUGGACAGCUAUCAGGAUCGGGAUUUAGAGCGACUGCGUAGAAAAUGGCUCAAUGCAUUAACAAAACGACAAGAGUAUUUGGACCAGCAACUGCAAAAGCUUGUCAGUAAAUAUGAUAAGACAGAAGAUGACGCUGACCGCGAGGCACAGCUCCUAGAGAUGCGGUUGACCCUCACCGAAGAAAGGAACGCAGUAAUGGUCCCCUCCGCUGGCAGUGGUAUCCCAGGGGCGCCAGCAGAAUGGACCCCGGUGCCUGGGAUGGAAACUCACAUUCCAGUUAUAUUCCUUGACCUAAAUGCGGACGAUUUCAGCUCUCAGGAUAAUCUCGACGACCCAGAGGCUGGUGGCUGGGAUGCCACCCUGACUGGAGAGGAGGAGGAUGAGUUCUUUGAACUGCAGAUCGUGAAAUACCACGAUGGAGAGGUGAAGGCGGAGGCCUCCUGGGACUCUGCGGUACACGGCUGCCCCCAGCUCAGUAAAGGCACCCCCACCGAGGAGCGUGUGUUCCUGAUCGUGCGAGUGACGGUCCAGCUCAGCCACCCCGCCGACAUGCAGCUGGUCCUGCGCAAAAGGAUUUGUGUGCAUGUUCAUGGCCGCCAGGGUUUUGCUCAAAGUCUCCUAAAAAAGAUGUCUCAUCGAAGCUCUAUUCCUGGCUGUGGAGUGACCUUUGAGAUCGUCUCCAAUAUCCCAGAGGAUGCUCAGGGAGUGGAGGAACGAGAAGCGUUAGCAAGGAUGGCAGCCAAUGUGGAAAACGCAGCUUCUGCUGACUCAGAGGCGUACAUCGAAAAGUACCUGAGGAGCGUGCUGGCGGUGGAGAACCUCCUGACCUUAGAUCGCCUUCGCCAGGAAGUGGCCGUGAAGGAACAGCUGACGGGGAAGGGGAAGCUGAACAGGAGGAGCAUCAGCUCUCCCAGUGUGAACAGAUUGUCUGGAAGCCGACAGGAUCUGAUCCCCUCAUACAGCCUCGGCAGCAACAAGGGCCGGUGGGAAAGUCAGCAGGAUGUUUCUCAAGCAGUGGUUUCCAGGGGAGUAGCGCCGGCCCCCCCAGCUCUCUCUGAGUGUCCCCAGAAUAACCAUUCUCCAGAUCCAGGACAUGGAGGCCUUGCAGCCUCCUACCUGAGUCCCGUGAAGUCCCUGGUACCUCAGAUGCCAAAGCUGCUGAAGUCUCUCUUUCCUGUCCGAGAUGACAGAAGGGGCAAACUGUCGUCCUCCCUUGCACAUCAGCCCGUGCCGCGAGUCCUGGUGCAGUCUGCCUCCCCAGAUCCCCGGGCCACCAGGAUGGAUGAGAGCGUCCUUUCGCUCUGGUGUCCUCGCGACGUCCUUGUGGUCCGGGCUGGGCGUCUCCUUCCCCAGGAUCUCAUCUGUCAUUCUGCAGAGACUGCUUGGGCCCCGGCCCCCGAGGCACCCUGCCCGGGGAGGCCCGAGGCGGGCUCCGACUCCGAGGAGGCCGGCGAGCUCCCCGACUGGCUCCGAGAGGGCGAGCACGUGGUCGUAGGCGCCAACAAGACGGGCACCGUGCGCUACGUCGGGCCCACCGACUUCCAGGAGGGCACCUGGGUCGGCGUGGAGCUGGACCUGCCUUCAGGAAAGCACAAUGGCUCGGUCGGCGGGAAGCAGUAUUUCAAGUGCAACCCGGGCUACGGGCUGCUGGUGCGGCCCAGCCGAGUCCGCAGGGCCCCGGGCGCUGGGCGCAGGCGCAGCUCCCGGCCUCCGGGCGCCCCUGAGGCCCGCCGGAGUGCCACCCUCUCGGGCUCCACCACCAACCUGGCCUCGCUGACUGCUGCCCUGGCCAAGGUGGACAGGCCCAAGAACCCUGAAAACCGCAAGUCCUGGGCCAGCUGAGCCGCACGUCCAGGUGGUGCCACUGCCAGAGAGCCGGGCCCUCCAGCCUCAGGGCGCCCGGGCCCCCCCCCCGGAGCGAGGCCAGGAAGGCCUUUGGCCCACCGCCCGGCCGGUGACCCCUCGCGCCCGCCCUCCCUGGGUCCCUGGAAACCAACUGUCCUCUACAGUGGCGGCCGAGGCCCACGCAGGGCCGCGUCGGGGAGGGCCCGGAAGUUCCUGGAGGGAGAACAGGUCGGGACCGGACCCGGGAUGGC